CUCUCAUCCACAAAAAGCCAUGUUCGUCCAUGUUCGUCGACGUCGAAUGCUCGAAUGGCGACAUCGGUGACGGAUGAAGACCUUUGGUUAAAAAGUGAAGCACUGUCUAGAAACUCUCUUUAAAAAAUGCGAUAAUCGCUCCUUUUUUCGUUGGUGUAGUAAUUUCGGAUAGUGCUCAGUGACUCGAGUAUGUGAUAAGUGCGUCUGCGUUUUAAAUCGUUCAAGAUGUAUCACCAUGAGUACGAGAAGAGACUUUUAAAGCCGAACAACGAUGACCACACGGACUCUCCAUCCCCGACGGGUCUCGCAUCACCCGCAUAUUACUCGCCUACAAAAAUCGGAAAUAAUAGCUUCGACCGUUUCAUUCCGACUCGAGCUGGAAAUAAUUGGCAGGUUUCCUUUUCCAUGAUCUCUGAAAACAGCCGGAGUGGCCUCGUCACGAAAAAAACUCGAGAAAACGGCGAGGGAAGUCGGGAUGGAGUCGUCUAUUCGUGCCUCUUAAAAAAUGAAAUACUUGGGGCGGAUAUCGAGGAUGUUAAGGGUCAAUGCGAUGAGCGUAGAGUAUUGUCUCCGCUGAGUGGAAAAAACCUUUUUAGGUAUAUGACACCCACGAAAGAUAGAACCCUCUUAAAUCAGAGUUUGCCUUAUUCCCUGUCACCGUUGAGUGCCAAGAGUCAGAAGCUCUUGAGAUCGCCGAGAAAGGCGACAAGGAAAAUAUCUAGGAUUCCGUUUAAAGUCCUAGACGCCCCGGAACUGCAGGACGAUUUUUAUUUGAAUUUGGUGGAUUGGUCUUCGCAAAAUGUUCUCAGCGUGGGAUUAGGAAGCUGCGUUUAUCUUUGGUCAGCUUGUACAAGUCAAGUGACUAGACUCUGUGACCUAUCUAGUGAUGGAAACACGGUUACCUCCGUCGCCUGGAACGAGAGGGGAAACCUCGUUGCCGUUGGCUCACAUCUCGGAUAUAUCCAGGUUUGGGACGUAGCCGUGAAUAAGGAAGUGGCCAAACUCGAAGGCCACAACGCCCGUGUUGGAGCUUUAGCCUGGAACGGCGAAGUCCUCUCAUCCGGGAGUCGAGACCGACUGAUUCUUCAGCGAGACGUGCGGACUCCCUGUGUUGUAGGCGAGCGUCGCCUCGGCGCCCAUCGUCAGGAAGUUUGUGGUCUAAAGUGGUCACCCGACAACCAGUACCUAGCUUCCGGUGGAAACGACAAUCGGCUCUACGUCUGGAAUCUUCAUUCCCUCUCUCCCGUCCAAACAUACACCGAGCACACAGCAGCCGUCAAGGCCAUCGCCUGGUCUCCUCAUCAUCAUGGCCUCCUCGCUUCCGGAGGGGGAACUGCUGACAGACACAUCCGCUUCUGGAACACCUUGACCGGACAGCCGAUGCAGAGUAUUGACACCGGCUCCCAAGUGUGCAACCUCGCCUGGAGCAAACACAGCUCUGAGUUGGUCAGCACCCAUGGCUACUCGCAGAAUCAAAUUCUCGUGUGGAAGUAUCCGUCGCUUACCCAAGUGGCAAAGUUGACUGGACACUCCUAUCGAGUUUUGUACCUGGCCAUGUCUCCAGAUGGCGAAGCCAUCGUCACAGGCGCUGGCGAUGAGACCCUCCGAUUUUGGAAUGUCUUCAGCAAAGCCCGGAGUCAAAAGGAGAAUAAAUCGGUACUGAACUUGUUCACUAGUAUUCGGUAAAAUAAUUGUAAAAGAUGAGAGAAAUUAAGAAAAGAACAAAUUAUAUUCCCCACCGAACUUGAACCUUCUUCAGCGAGGGGAUAUUUAUUCUGAGGAGGUUGAAGCUCGCUGUUAGUGAUGUAAAUAACGAAAACCUAACGAUCGUUAUAUAUUCUUUAAAAGAAUUUUCGAAUACGAGUUAAGUAGAGAAAACCAUACGUGGUUUAUACUUUAGAAAUAAGCUUACAGGCCUGCAAACUAUCGAGCCUUUGUGCAAUACAACACAGCACCUUUCAUCUUUAGAUUUCAGCAAUUAAUUUGAAAAUAAAACCUGUGUUUUUUGUUUUAUUAUUCUUAUUUUUUUCACCAACGCAGGCUUUAUUUUCAUUUUAUUUUUCUUUCCACAUGUGGGAAGCGCAAAACUAAGAUAGAAAACUGCCGUGUCUGCUCAUUGUUCGCAGGUUGUCCCUUUGAUCUAGAUUAUAAAACGUUCGUCUUUCUAUCGUCGGGAUAAUGAUUCUUUAACUUAAAAAAAUUGUCAGUAAUAUUGUUGCGAGAUUGUCUACCUCUAAUCGGAAUAAUUAAUUAGUUUACGAAUAAUCCGCGGAAAAACUUGUACGUCAGUCAUGUACAAAAUAAGUUGACCAGGAUUACCGAAAUGACUAAUUUAUAUUGAAAAUAAUAUAUAAGGGGUUCGAAAAUAAUGAAAGAUAGAACGGAGUACAAACAAGGGACAGGCAAGGAGUUGAAGUCAUUUAGAUUAUAACUGGCUUUGUGACCAGAUUUCGAACCGUCCAACGCUUCGAAAUCUCGCAAGAUCGGUUUUACGAUAAUGCUUUCGAGCUUUUGUAGGUAUAUGUGAAGGCUGAUAAGUUUUGUAUUAAAAGAAAGAGCAAGACUAUUAACAAUUAUUGUACUAUUGAAAAUCGGUUUUAUAUUAUUAUUUAAAAGGAACUAUCACGCAAAAUCCCGUCGUAUUAUUACUAACUUCCUUUUUUUUUUCUACAAUUCCUUUUCAUUGUGCGCUUUCUCUAUCUCUACUUUAGCAAUUAAACCUAGGCGUAGGUUUAAUUUGUGAUUUUAAACUUCUCUGGUCAUAGGUUGCUUGUUGAAAUAUAUAGUAUAAUUUACAAUGUUAUAAACUUGUACCGAACCAAAAUGAUUUCGAUACUCCAUAAAUUCCGUUGGGGGUUUUCUGAAGUCUCGGAAUCAAUUUGAUGAAUGAAAACGUGAAACGUUUCGAUUCAUGUACUCGAGAGUUAUAUUAAUUAUCGUCUUGAAAUGACAGUAAAAAUUAUAAUUACAAAUAAUAAUAAAAAAACAAAAAAA